AUGGACUCCACUGAGGAAGCUACGCCUGAUGGGUUAUCCUCCCAUAUAGCUCCUGCCUUGGCUCUCAUCCGGAAGGGAGGAAAACCUAAUGUUUGGCCCCCUCAUGCUCUAAAGGCCUUUCAGUCCUUGAAAGAUUUGUUUGCUUCUGCUCCAGUCCUCCGACAUCCUGACCUUCAGCAACCCUUCUUCAUUGAAGUAGAUGCUUCUGAUUUUGGGGCUCAAGCUAUUCUCUCCCAGAGACAAAUCACAGACUGGAAACUACAUACUUGUGCUUACUUCUUCGAGUUUCUGGCAGUAAAACUUGCACUCAAGGAAUGGCAACACUUCCUGGAACCUCAUCCCAUCACCAUUUACAUUGAUCACAAAAAUUUGGAAUUCAUCCAGACUCUCAAGAGACUGAACCCUCGUCAAGCUCUGAGGGCACUCUUCUUCACACAAUUCAACUUUGUCCUCACAUACUGCCCCAGCUCUAGGAAUCAGAAGGCAGAAGCCUUAUCUCAAAGGUUUGUGAGAACUGUUUAUGCCUCACAGUUAGAAGAAGGUGGGGCAGUUAUGGCUAGAAUCUGGUAUAAUGCAGCCAAGGUUUCCAUUGCCAUGACUCAAACCUAUAACCAAUCGACCAUCAAAGAAAUGUUGCUCUUGGGGUUUAAUGGUCUCCAUAACUUUCGCACUACAGUGUUCUUUGUCCUCCUUGGGAUCUAUAUGGCCACCAUAAUAGGAAAUCUUCUGAUCAUUGCAAUAAUUUCUACCACUCGGCAUCUUCUACAGUCUCCCAUGUACUAUUUCCUAAGCCAGCUUGCCAUAAACGAUAUCCUGCUUACCACAACUGUUUGUCCGUACAUGUUACACAUUACAUGGAAUGAAGGAGCCUACAUGUCUGUGGCUGGAUGCAUCAUUCAGUUUUAUAUGUUUGGCGUGUCCUCGGUCACUGAAUGUUUUCUGCUCACUGCAAUGUCCUACGACCGUUACUUGGCUAUCUGUAAACCAUUGCAUUAUGCAUCCACAAUGACGUAUAGAUUUUGUGUUUGUCUGGUCAUGUGUUGUUGGCUUUUGGGUUUUAUGAUAACACUGGUUAUUGCAGUUAUGAUUUCUAAUUUAAAUUUUUGCGGACCACAUAUCAUUGACCACUUAUUCUGUGAUUAUGCUCCACUGAUGGACCUUUCAUGUUCUAACACCACCAUUCUCAAAUUCAUUGUUUUCUCGAUAGCCAGUACCGAAACUAUAACGGAAACUGUAUUUAUCAUUGCAACCUAUGUAUGUAUCUUUCUCAAUAUUGUUAGAAUUUCCUCUUCCUCUGGGAGACAGAAAGCCUUCUCCACUUGUAGCUCUCACCUUGCUGUAGUGUGCACGUAUUAUGGAAGUCUCAUUUCCAUCUAUGUGGCUCCCUCAAAGGGACAUUUAAUUAUUAUAAAAAAGAUUCUGUCUCUAAUGUACACUGUGGUGACUCCCUUGCUCAAUCCUAUAAUAUAUAGCUUGAAGAACUUGGAAAUCCAGGCUGUUAUUAAGAAAUUUGUUCGGAAGCAUAAAAACACCUUUUAA